CGAAACUUGUGAGUGAUGGAAAGUCAGUGACAGAAUUGUAGUGUCCGGUGAUAAACUGGGUGUUAAUUAUCUGGGAACUUUCGCCCGGUGAGCAGCUGAACGCAACGCAAGGAGAUUAAGAUGGAGUGGCGCCAGCAGACCACUGUCAGCUGUGCAGAAGCGUUCAAAGAAGCUCAACGCUGGAUUGAGGAAGUGACUGGAAAAUCUUUUGGUUCCAAUGACUUUCGUGCUGCUUUGGAGGAUGGAGUCCUACUUUGCGACCUGAUCAACCAACUGAAACCUGGAAUCAUCAAGAGAGUGAACAGGCUUUCGACUCCAAUUGCUGGCCUGGACAAUGUGAGUGUUUUUUUGAAAGCCUGUGGGAAAAUGGGACUAAAUGAUUCUCAGCUGUUUCAUCCAGGCGACCUGCAGGACCUGUCCACUCGUGUGACAGUCAGGCAUGAUGAAAGCAAGAGACGACUCAAAAAUGUUCUGAUUACAGUCUACUGGUUGGGUCGCAAGGCUCAGCUAGACACAUUUUACAGUGGCCCUCAGCUUAAUUUCAAGGCCUUUGAGGGACUGUUGGGGUUGGCCCUGUCCAAGGCCUUAGAGGAGGGGAGUAAUGUUUUCGUGAAAGAUGGUGGGUAUAGAGAAUGCCACUACCCGGAGGAGGAGGAAUCCCAGAGCACGAGGCCGAGUUUUAAGAGGGGGAACUCGGUAGACUGCAUCGAGGCUCGUGCCAUCCUCCAGAAUGAUGAAGGUUGUGGAAGUGAUGCAGAAGCUGAGCAGGUGUUUAGGAUGGAGAAAGUACAACCCACGGCCCACCAAAGUAAAGGAUAUAUUCCACCGCCGCUUAGAAGGAAACAAAGACAGGAGGGGCAUGCAGUGGGCUACACAAGUCCACUUCCCAGACUACAUCAAAUUCAGGUCAAACCUGAGAGACCAGUUCAGGUCAACCCUGGCUGGAUUUGGAGCAAAUCCCUCAGCGACAUCCCAAUGGUUUACCCUGUGCGUAAAGUAUCUAAUGGCCAUCAUGAUAAAGGCGAGACUGUUGGCCUAGCAAGGGAGGGGAAUCAAGAAAACAAAAGAAAGUGCAGCAUUGCUGCCAAGGACAGUGAAGCUCAGUGGCAGGAUGACCUGACAAAGUGGAAGACUCGUCGCUGGAGCACCAAGUCUGACGUCCGUAGGAAGUCGCAGGAAUGGGAACAUGUUAUGAACCAGAUGACCAAUGGCGCUGUGAUGAGCAAUGAGAGAUAUGAGGAGCAGGAAGGACCUCUAAAGAGAGACCAUUCCCCUUGGAGGUACAGCCCUUCUCCCCGUCCAUACUCCAUGUGUUCUCCAUCAAAACCCCCCAGUUCAGAUCUGAGGCCACACACUAGAGUUUUGCUGGCCCGCAGCUAUGCCACUGAAGCACCAGUGAGCCCCACAGCCUUCAGUCAGGAAUCGUCACAUGGAGCUGUCCCUCCUUCUGAUGGGACAGCCUUGGGGAAAGAGACUUACUUUGUGUCUUUGGCCUCAGAUAGAGUAGGAGUUACCACAGCGUCUUUAAACCGUCCUUUCACCUCGCAGACAUUGGGCAGCCAAGCUCCUCUAAAUUCCACAUCUGAACAGGCCCAGCCUCAUAACAUUCUGACAAACCAGAUCUCCUCUGUUGUUAGAAGCUCCAGAAGCCAGGAUCCUACUUCACCCAUGGCAAGUCAUGACAUGGAUCCUAAAGGUAAAACUUGCCCAGAUGUUGUCAAUCCAGCAGGGGUUGAUGGCACUGAGGACUUGUUGCAUCAGAACCACAAAACCCAAGAGGAGAGCCAGAAGUCACAGUGGGACCCAGCAGUGGAUGGCAGAGCCCAGGAGGAAACAAGCUUAUCCAAGUACCCAAGCAGAGCUGGAUCAUGGUCCAGCACAGCCAGCCUCCCCCGUGGUUACCGUCGGUCUGAAGGCUCUUCCCGUCUCUCUUCUGCAAUCACAGCCAGACCUUUUGGGACCAAGCAUUCCAGGAUGUCCUCACUACCAAGACUGUUCAACGUAGAUGACGGUCAGGGAGUGCUUUUGAAUGAUGAGAGAGAGGAUUCUCUUUCUACACCCACCAAACCAUCUCUCAAAAGACAAACAGCAGCUGCUCAUCUGAGGGCUCAGUACCAGGCAUCAGUCAGACAGAAAAAAGUCAACCAGGCAAAGCAGAAUGGUACAGAACAAAGGGAGGAAGGGAACAAAGCCAGUUUCUCCAACCAGAACUCUCUUCAGGACCGCAGCCAUCCGCAUCAGCCUUCCACUCAAACUGAGAUUCAGACUCAGCCUUAUACAAACAUGCAGUACUCCCACAACAGAAGCUCGUCCCUCCCAUCUAAUGCAAGUACAGAGCUUUUAAAGGUGGAUCAUAGUGACAUGAGAGUAAGCCUGACUCUUAAACCUAACAGUUUACCAGACUUUGGUUUCCACACUCACUGGGACUCCACAGGGGCAAGAGUAAAAUUCGUUCACCCUGGCAGUCCAGCAGAGCUCUGCAGGCUGCAUGUGGAUGAUGAGAUUGUGGCGGUUGAUGGAGUUGCAGUGGCACACAUGACCUACAACCAAUGGAAGGAUAAAAUGGCAUCUUCCUUGCAAACCGGCAGUCUCACUAUGGACAUUCGACGCUAUGGCAUCAAGGACUGGAGCUCCAGUGAUGGAAGUUAUGCCAACCAGCCAGGUCAGAGCAGGUUGACUCUCAAUCUGACUGCUGCAGCUCCCGUUCUGAUAAGUUGCACAAAUCACCAGGCCAAGAGUGCUGCCUCUACAGAAACGGACACACAAGCAUCCGAGUUUAAUGGACAGACAGAAAAAGUAAUUCAGGAUAAAACCACAGGAGGGCUGUCUGACAACUCCAAUGUAGCCAGAAGUAAAGGAGGCUCAGAGUCUGCAAUAUCUGAUCUCCAGGUGCCAUCCCUCAGCCGCUCCUCAUCCAGCUGGUCGUGGGACCACGAGGAGGAUCGCAGGCGUCAGGAGAAGUGGCAGGAAGAGCAAGAGCGCCUUCUGCAGGCUCAAUAUCAGCGUGAUCAGGAAAGGCUGGAGGCAGAGUGGCAGAGAGCACAACAGGAUGCAAUGGAAGGCAGAAAGUCUGGGGAUUAUACAUUUGAAAAGACAAGUGGUUGUGAGAGUUUUGCCAGCACUCAGCAUUUUGUAAAUGGACUGACGACGAAAACCAGAGAAAAAAACUCGAGUCCUGACAAAGAGAUGAGCGAGGACAGGGCCAAUCUCCACAGCAAUGCACAAAGAGUCCAUGAUGACAGGAUUAUGGAGAAAGAUUGGGCUGAGGGCUCCUAUGGCUUUGCUCAGCUUUCCCCUGCACACAGGGCAAAGUCCUUAUCUACCCCAGUAUUAGCUGGACCCCACACACAGACAGGUGAUUGGAAGAAAAGAAAAGGACAGUCUGUGUCUAAGGCGGAGCAAGAGAGGCAGCAGAUCUUGGAGGAGAUGAAGAAAAGGACUCAACUUCUGACCGACAACAGUUGGAUACGUCAGCGCCGCAGUAGUUGCCACAAGGAGCCCAUCUAUGUGGGGGUUUCCAUGAAGAGAUACGAGUCUCUGGACAACCUGGAUGCUUUGCGUCAGCCCCCGGACUCAGCUGGUACAUUCACUUACCCUCGCUCACAGUCAGCUGCUGGAGGCUACUGUGCUCCAACCAGGAACGCCUCUUCCCGCUACAGCACUGGAUCAGUGUCGUCUCAGAUGAAUGCGUACCCGGAAUCCUUUCAUCAUGGCGGUGUUCAAGCUGCUGUCGACAUCUCAGAGGAACCGAGACUGGAUUCCAGGUUCGCGUCCGAAACAGGAAACUCUACUGUGAGCGCUGCUAUGUCUAGCUCAAGUCCACUUCUGCCCUCCCCAUGUAACCAACAUGAUGUACUUCAGAUUAUAGAAUGAGAACAUGAGUGGUAAUUACUUUUGAGGAAAGGAGCAGGAAAAUAUCCUCAGAGCCAAUCCAUGAUUUUUGCUUCCUGAUUAUUGGUAAAAAUUAAGUCUGUUAUGAGAUUUAAAAUCAUAAUAUUUUAAGCAUCUGUGAGAUAAUGGAUGUUUUUUUUUAUCAAUAGAUCAUACUUAGUUUGAAUGUUUGUUUUCCUGUUUAUUUAAUUAAGAGUAUGUUGACUUAAUAUAUGAAAUAAAGUAAAUAUGGGAGUUAUAUGGGAUUAUGUGUUGCCUUUUAAAGUUAGUGUUGCUGUUCAUUACAUGUGCUAUUUUCAACAGUGAGUCAAAUAUAUCAUCUCUUGAGAAGUGGCUAACGUUACCAAGAUAUGGAGGCACAUUUUAAUAUGUACUGAAGCACUUUUUGUUCAGUUUUAAAAUCACAAAAUGCACAUUGGGAUGACUCACUGGUAUACAUAUGUAAUACAUGCAUUUCACAGCAGAAACAAUGUCUUAACAAAUUUUUGUAAAUAAAGUUCACUGAACAUAA